CCCUCCUUGUGCUAAUGCGGAGGAAAAGGGAGGGGAGAAACCUCCAUAGCUAGCUCUAACAGCCUUUUCAAAUACAAAUACAUUUCAUUAUCGCCUUGAAUAUUCCUUUUGAUCGGAAUUGACGUAAAAUUGUUCAUGGAUACAAUCUAUGCCCACUUAAAAAGGCAUUAACGUUCGAAACGCAUCGAAAAAAGAGGCGAAACGACUGGAUAAAUCCAAAAGAAGAAAAGCGGCCUAUUUUUGUUCCUGAUAUCCUGGAGCCGCAGCUCCACACUCGCGGCCGGUGUACAGACUGCAACCUAUUAAUCGCUCGUUUGUAGGGUUGUUUGCUGCGUUGUGCAUGUCCUUCUCUGUACCUCGUGCAUUUCCUUGCAUGGUCAGUUUUUGUUUUGCUCGCUAGGACGUUUGUAAGCUAACCCCGUUUCAUUGGGGUACAAAGGGAGAACUUGUACCAAGCGGGGCCUGUUUUGUUUUUGCAUCGACAGCGCCAUGAAAAGCGGGGGGCAAUAACACAUAAAUUGUGCCUACGUUUGGAUCAUCACUGAUUAGCAGAAUGUUUCUGUAUUGAAUACUACCUUGCUGCUUUGCUGGACAAUAUCUCGUAAGACUUUUGGAAGCUAACUCUCAACAACGAAGCAAGGAAAUGAGAACGAAACUAUCUUCGAGCUCGGUUUGAAUUUGGUACAACCUGCUCAGCACUGGUAAUUGGAAGCUAGCCCUAGCUCGCCAGUUGAAGAGCGCCACCAAUGCAUUGUUGUUGAAUUUAGACCUCGACAGCGAGCUGUUCAUGGAAUUUUAUGCAAGACGAUUGGCCGAUUUUAAUGAAGCAACACUUCAUUUUUUUCUUGAUAUUUUAUUUUGAGAAUUCUGACUCAUCGGAAUUUGUUGACUAUUAAGUUUUUCGAUGAUGAUUCUUUGGGCACAUUUCGUGCCGUGGAAGAGGGGAAAGCGAUGAAAAUGGACUGGCCAUUAUUGUGAGGAUUUCCACUGUGCUUCCGAGUGCAGACUAAUAUGUGCGUGUCUAUCAAUAGCUAUGCUCCGGAGCUAGUUUGUGAGCUAGCUAUAUCACAUCGUGUUUCCUGUACAUAACAGGGAAUAUUGACGUAUCAGCAUUUCAUUGUGGUAACCAGAUCUGCUAUAUUUAUUUUUUUAUCAAUCCAUGCUAACUGGCAGACUCGCAUGUCCUGUUCAUUCCGUGGACAUUGUACUCGACGGUUUUGCGAGUCAGGUCCAACGCACCAGCAACACGACUGUUUGUGGACAUUGAGAAGACACUUCGCUGGAGGACCUGCUGCGUGGUGCUGGUGCUGUUCGUUAUUUCUCCCAGGACUGGAUCUAUCUAGCGCGAGGCUGCUGAGAUGAACCCGGUGAAUGCGACCACUCUCUACGUUUCAGCUUGUCGUUCGGUGCUGCAGUGCGAUCCACGGGACCCCCAGGCUUUGGCCGAACUCUAUAAGCUGUUACCUUUCUUCAGGCAGUCUCUAUCCUGCCUGGCUUGCGGGAAUUUGCUUCAAGAUCCAAUUGCUCCAACCAACUCAUCAUGCCAGCACUAUGUUUGUAAAGCAUGCAAAGGCAAGAAGAUGAUGAUGAAGCCCUCAUGCAGCUGGUGUAAGGACUAUGAGCAAUUUGCAGAGAACAAGCAGCUGUGCAUCUUGGUGGACUGCUAUAGGAAGCUAUGCGAGUACAUUGCCGGUUCCCCUCUCGCCCCACACAUCGCUAGUGCAGUUGGCGAGUCUCCGGACCUGCUAGCGAUGCUUAAUGAUGGCCUCUCGCUGAUUGAGGACUCGCCCACGGAGGAGUCAGACGUGGCCCUCCUGCUGAACCUGAGCCGCCUUUCCCCAGCACCUUCCACUUCUGAGAGGCACCCAGAAGAGGUGCAGCCUCCCCACCCACCGGCCAGUGAGGGAAGCGAGCAGCCCCUCAGCCCUUUGGAGGUCAACGGCCUGCAGGGCUGCAAUGGACUCGCCAAUGUAGACGAACUCGGUGUCAGUCUACCAUCACCAGCAGGUGGCGUCCAGCUCACCGUGGACAUUGAGGGUCCCAUGAAACGGGACAAGUUUGAGGGAAAGCUGGAUGUAUCGGAGGCGGUGGCCGCUGCAGGGGAUGAGCUGAGCCCCAGCAGCAUGGACAUGUGUGGCUUUGGCGAGGAGAUCAAGCACAGUGGGGGCACGCUACUCCUGAGUGUGGAAGAGGUGCUCAGGACUCUGGAGCCAGAACCCCUCACCCAGGAGGACUGCGGCGCCAUCCUGCAGCCCAGUCAGGACUCCUCGGGGAACCUGAAUGGGCCGUUUGUCUGUUCAGCCAACAGCUCCACCAACACCACAUCAACUGACUCCCCACGGCCCCUUCCUUCACUCCCAUUAAACUCUUCAGAGGUCCUGGCACCCCAGCACCCAAACUCCCAACACCAACAUUCGCACCCCUCCUCAGGCAUGUCCUGCUCUGCUGUCACACCCCGAGUGCCUCGCUCCAGUCGCAAGCGCUCGCGCUCGGAAAGUGACAGUGAAAAGAUCCAGCCCUUACCCAUCUCCAGCAUCAUCCCUCUGGGAGCCUCUGCCCCUGUCGUUAUCAAAUGCGAAUCCAAGGUGCCACCAGUGAUGCCUCACAUGGCGUCUGUUCCCAAUGGUGGGGGGCUGUCAAAAGUGGGCAAGACGUUGGUAGUGUCCAACAACAAAAAUGUCAAAAAGAGCCAGGACCAUCAUGGGCCCAAAAAGGCAUACGCCAAGGCCAAACAGGGCACCCCAAAGUCCAAGGACAAAACAAAAGAGCGGACUUCCAGCAGCACGUCAAUUCCAGGGAGCCCCACAAAAGUGGUUUACAAGAAGCCCCAGGAGAAGAAGGGCUGCAAGUGCGGCAGGGCCACUCAAAACCCAAGUGUUCUUACAUGCCGCGGCCAACGCUGCCCCUGCUACUCUAAUCGCAAGGCUUGCCUGGACUGUAUAUGCAGGGGCUGCCAGAACUCCUACAUGGCCAAUGGUGAGAAAAAGCUGGAGGCCUUUGCCGUUCCGGAGAAAGCUCUGGAGCAGACACGGCUAACCCUGGGCAUCAACGUCACCAGCAUACAGGUGCGGAACCCAAGUGCGAGCCCGGCCAGUGGUGUCCUGAACGUGACCUCGACCGCUGGCUCGCCUGUGCCCUCCUUUCUAUCAGCGGGUUCCCACGACGACAAGGGAUUUGAUGAGGCCCUAGACAUGCGGUUUGACUGUUGAGCUCUCCGCCAAGACAAGCUCACUCACCAUCGCCCCCUUAUUCCAGCCCAGCUCACACCUUUUUUUUGUUUUGUUGUUGUUUGUUUGUUUGUUUUUUACUUUGUGAGGUGGCACUGCAGAGGAGUCAUGGAGGUGAAGCAGCCAGCGGAGUUCCACACAAUAAGGCAGCUACUGUGGUUUUUGUUUCCAGUUCACAUUGAUUGGUAAAAUUUAUUAGGUAUUGCUGAAGCUUGUGCCUGUAAAUCACUUGUAACAUUUUUUCGGUUGUUUUCUCUUGUUUUUGUCUUGCACUCUUUGGUAGACAAGAAAUGAAGAGUUGUUACUGUAAGUCAAGAGGUUUCAGUUGGAGUUUUUAUUUGCUGGUUAUUUUUGAAAAAAUUCUACAAGUGAUCUACAAGGCACGAUCUUUAGCAAGGAAAUAAACCUGACCUCAUUGUUGUGGGUCAUGCUAUGUGCAUAAAGUGGAAGAAAGCAUUGAGUUUGCAGGGUAGAAGGCAAGACCUGUUCAUAUGAAAUGGUACCUGCUAUGUCAGUAGAGACUGGUUGUAUUUAUAUUAAAAAGAAAAAAAGACAAAAACUUUUUUGUACACAAGACUUAAAAAAAUUCCAUUUAAGAAUACAUUUUAUGGUUUAUUUUAUAAGUUACAUUAACAACAUUUGCAGUAUUUAUUGGAUGUCACCUAACAUAGAUUUUCGGUCCAUCUAGGGCAUCAUCAGGAUACCAUUUCUACAGAUGCAAAUCACUGAGAUGCAGUAUGUUUCUGUCUAAAUUAUGUUGCUGUCCUGUUUGUGCUAGUUUAUUUUUGCUGUCUCAGACUGUUUUCCUCCCUUGGGGCAUUUAAAUACCUGUAAUAUAAAUGUAACAUUUCCACAAAAAAGCAAAAACAAAAACAUA